CCACACAACAUCCAUACAAACAAAAAUUGGUUUAUUCCUGUCCAAACUCUUUGAACGUGAAGGACCACUAUGGAUCGCCUUCCGCCGCACAUUGUCGAAUACAUCAUUUCGUACACUAUCGGGAGGGGUAGGCUAGUCCCAGGGCUUCUGACAAAUACCUAUACGCCCACUGUACCCCAUGCGUUAUUCUCGCUGAUGGGCGUUUGCCAAAAGUGGAGAGAUACUGCCAAAAGGUUUAUAGGCGAGCCAGCUAUCGUCUUUGUCAACCCGCCUAAACCAACUCGCCUAGGCAAAUCUGAACAUGCCUACUAUCUUGGGGACGUUAUUGCAGCCGGGCUCGAGCAACGUGUCCGCCAUCUGCUGCUUGAUUUCACUGUGGAGGAUAUCAGAGACGGCAUAGCGUACUCAAUGUUCAACUCGCUGGUCAGUCAAUGCAAGGGCAAGUUCAGGAAUGUCCACACUAUCACACUCCAUACCUCUCUUCGCGACUCGUACUAUUGGAUCUACAAUCGCCAAACUGGUCUGCCCGUGAUUCGCCUGCAGGAGCUCGCCAACAUGGAGAAGGAGGUUUCCCAGAAUGCCCGUCGUAUCGGCGAUCUCGUGAGGGAGGCGAUGCCAAGCGUCGUUUCAGUGGCAUACAUCGGUCCUUAUAAUCACACAUUAGACAGCACGUCCCUGAACAGCGCUAUUCUAUCAGCGCUGUUAGCCGCUGCGCCAUCUAUCCAGUAUCUGAGUAUUCCUGUAGGCGAGCUUUCGCGCACCAUUCUGGACAAUGUGCUGGCACCCAAUAUCACGCAGAUGCAUGCUUUCUUGCCUGUUGGUAAAAGCGACGGGAUUACUGUGCUUGCUAUACGGUAUGCGGAUCGUCUGGAGACACUGUCUGUGGAUGCCAUUGAUGACGAAUCAUUCAUCAUGCUGUUCAAGAGUCCAGCGGAUGGAUCACCUGUUGUGUACUCCAAGCUACACACAUUCAAACUGACACGCAGCAACUUCUGGACACGCGGCGAAGACAGCUACACUCUCAAGGUCAACCCUUUCCCGAAGCUGCGGCAGUUCAUAUGCAAAGGUGAUUUCCCAUUCGCCACCAGCGAUAUGUUUCGUUGGAUCCAACCCACGGUCGAGGUGAUGAAGGUGCAUCUACUUGUUGGGAUGUAUAAAACAUUUGUCAGAGAAGGGGUGUUCGCUACUGGUUCCUACCCAAAUCUGCGCUAUAUGGACCUGGCGUGGUCUCUACCUAGAGACAGAUUUAUGGAUAUCGACCUAGCAUGGGAGCUCAGCCGCUUAGUAUCGCUCAGUCCAGUCCUCGAGAAAGGGUCAUUUAAAGUAUGCACCACUUCUCCUAAGCGUGAGGUGACUGCCAUGUCUACACACGGGUUUGUAAAGGAGCUAAACCUGGCUGGUAUCCAUUAUACUAUUGUUGAAGCGGUCCACCUGAUCAAGAGGUUCCCGGCGCUGCAGCUGCUGGUGUUGAUGCUAAAGAACAGCGAUGACGUUAACGAGCGAGGAGACAUGACGGAUGCCGAUACCGAGAGGUUCCAGCAAAGGUAUGUGGCUCUGGGCAACUCAAGAUUCAAAAAGCUGUGCGUCCGUUGUAAUGGCUUCUAUUCAUAUUCGCGUGCCGCGCAUCACAUCUUGCUGCUGGCAAGUAUUUUCAGAUCCAUCGAGGAAAUCAGAGUUUGCAGUGAGUACAGAGACAGCACAAGAGAUAUUCUCGCAGCAUUUGACAUGGCCAAAAACCGCAAGUGCUUCGACAGUGACGGCCGUGGCCGAAUUCGAUCCGUGAGGAUUGCAGUGAUUGAUAGGAGGAGCAAAUGGUUUUGAUCGGAUAUAGCAAGUACAGAAUAUAGUGUUGAAUAUCAAUAUAUACGUAUGGAUAUAUGCAGCGAUAGUUUUCAGAUAUCGUUUUUUCA